AUGCAAUUGAUACACGCGAAACAUGUUGGCCGCCUCUGGUCCAGUCGGUCCAUCGCGACCUUGGCGAAGAAUACACGACCGUCCCCAGCACUAGUAGCUACUCGACAGCCUCCGUCUUUCGCAAGCCCGUACUUAGCCCAAGCGACGCAACGACGGAGCUAUGCUGAUAUCAAGCUCGACUUUACCGCUCUCGACAAGAAAUGGCGCCAGAAAUGGGACGCUUCGAAAGCUUCUGCGGCAAACGAUGACUCAAGCAAGCCGGACCAAUUCGUCCUUCCAAUGUUCCCAUACCCCUCCGGUACCUUGCACCUUGGCCACCUGCGCGUAUAUACAAUUGCCGACGUUCUCGCUCGCUAUCACACCAUGAAAGGGUCUCGCGUGAUGCUGCCGAUGGGAUGGGACGCAUUUGGUCUUCCGGCUGAAAAUGCUGCCAUCGAUCGUGGAAUCGCACCUGCAACUUGGACCAAGACUAACAUUGCCAAGAUGAAGGAACAAUUGGAGGUUAUGAAUGGCAGCUGGGACUGGGAGAGGGAACUGACUACCUGCGACCCGGACUUCUACAAACACACCCAAAAGAUCUUCUUAAUGAUGCUCGAACGUGGCCUCGCCUACCAAACCGAAGCAGAGGUUAACUAUGAUCCUGUAGAUAUGACAGUCCUCGCCAACGAGCAAGUUGACGCAAAUGGAUGUUCUUGGAGAUCCGGUGCCAAGGUUGAGAAGCGCCAGCUGAAGCAGUGGUUCUUCCGCAUCUCCGAGUUCAGAGAAGCAUUGCUGAAGGAUCUGGACACGCUCGCCAAGAAUGAGGCUUGGCCCGAGAGGGUCUUGGCCAUGCAGAAAAACUGGCUCGGAAAAUCGACUGGCGCCGUCAUCAAGUUCCCAGUCAUGGCCAUGGGCCACGAUGUCCACGCAGCUAUCGAAGUCUUCACGACGCGACCGGAUACCUUGUUUGGAGUUCAGUAUCUUGCCCUCGCCUCUACCCACCCGAUCGUGACAUCAUUAGCAAAGGCAGACCCUGAGCUUCAAGCUUACUUAGAUACUCUACCCGCAUUGCCUAAAGACUCCAAGGUCGGUUAUAUGCUGCCCCACGUAAGGGCUGUCAACCCGCUGGCAUAUCACGAGCAGACUCCCGAUGACACCAAGAAAUCCAUCCCGGUGUAUGUUGCGCCGUAUGUUCUCGGCGACUACGGCGAAGGCGCUGUGAUGGGUGUUCCUGGUCAUGAUCUGCGGGAUAAUGCUUUCUGGAAGGAGCAUCACUAUGAUGAGCCCGUGAGGUUUGUGCUGGCGGCUUCGGAAGACGAGUCAACUUCCGCGAUUGCGAACGAACCGUUUGUGGAGCAUGGUGUCAUGACAGCAAACAGCGGUCCUUUUAAGGGUAAAUCCUCCACCGAGGCUGGCCGGAUGCUCAUAGGCAUACUGGAGGCAGCAGACUUGGCCAAGCCUGUCGAGAAAUGGAGAUUGAGAGACUGGUUGAUCAGCCGUCAACGAUACUGGGGAACGCCUAUCCCUGUCAUCCAUUGCGGCUCCUGUGGCCCAGUACCUGUUCCAGAUGAUCAGCUGCCGGUCACAUUGCCUGACGUCAGUCAGCACUGGACGGAUGGAAAGGUUGGCAACCCGUUGGAGAGAGCCGAAGAUUGGGUAAACACUAGCUGCCCUAAGUGUGGCGGUCAUGCAAAGCGUGAUACAGAUACCAUGGAUACCUUCGUCGACUCGAGUUGGUAUUACGCGCGUUUCGCGGAUCCUCACAACACAUCACAGCCUCUCUCCCUUGAGGCAGCAGAAUCACUGCCGGUGGACCUUUACAUAGGCGGCAUUGAGCAUGCCAUCUUGCAUCUCCUAUAUGCCAGGUUUAUCUACAAGUUCUUGGCCACGACAGAACUGUUCCCUGCUUCUGGUGAAGCUGACACAGUCCACGAACCAUUCAAGAGACUUAUCACGCAGGGCAUGGUGCACGGCAAGACGUACACCGACCCCACGUCAGGGAAGUUCCUAAAGCCAGAUGAGGUUGACUUGGAGGACCCUGCCAACCCUAAAGUUGUAGCAACGGGGGCGACGGCAAAUGUGUCGUUUGAGAAAAUGUCCAAGUCCAAGUACAACGGAGUGGACCCGACCGAGUUCAUAUCCAAGUACGGCGCCGAUGCGACCCGAGCUCACGUUCUCUUCCAAGCGCCUGUGGGCGACAUCCUAGACUGGGACGAGGACAAAAUCGCCGGAGUCACGCGUUGGCUGCAUAGGCUUCAUGACCAUGCAGCCAAACUUCAGGAGUUAUCAGCCGAAGAAAAGCCCAUCGUGGCUUACUUCGAAGAGCGCUCAAACAGCUUGUCUUCUCUCGGCGACAAGGAACUGGCUGUCUGGGAUGCUGACGCUGCCAUUUGGAGAGCGGUUCAAGGAACAAUUAGUUCCAUUACCCAGUCCUACGAGACUGUUUAUCCGAUGAACACCAUUAUUUCGGACCUUAUGAGUCUGACCAAUACCCUUCAGGAGAACACUGGAGCGAGCCCACUUGUCCAGAGGGAAGCGAUGUCCGCUCUCCUUCGGAUGAUGGCUCCAGUUGCACCAGCAUUUUCCGAGGAGUGCUGGAGUCUCUUGCAUCCCGAAUCCGGUUCCAUCUUUGAGGAAACCACAUUCCCUGCGCAAGACAACACGUUGUCCCUGUUGAAGCCGCGUAAGCAGCCAGUGGCUAUUCAGAUCAACGGAAAGCUGCGCGGUGUUGUAGAAGUUCCCAACCCUCCAUCUGGUCUGGAGGGUGAGGCAUUACGCGACUGGAUGGUCGCGGAGGUUCUCAAGUCUGAUGAGGGCAAGGCCAAGUUUACUGGAGGUCAAUUCGAUGUCACUUCCCCGAGAAGAGUCAUCUUGGCUCGUGGCGGCAAGACAAUCAACUUUGUAGUCUAG